CUUCCGUCUCCUUGAUUUGCGAAAAUGUCAAAACGAAAGUGAUAUUUUGAAGUUAUGAAACAAUAGAUUCUCAUAGUAAUGGUGUGACAGAUUCAUAAGCAUUCCCACCAUUUGAUAGCAGUGAAGAGACUUGAGUAUUUCUCAACAUGGUGUUACAAGGUGCUCCUCCAGGCCCAAGAUUUGCCCCAUCAACAGGAAUGAAUGCUAAAGAACUGGGUGAAAAUGAUGACCUUGCCACGAUGCUGGUGUUGGAUCCGUACCUUGGGUUUUCAACGCAUAAGAUGAACACAAAGUUUCGUCCAGUCAAAGGACAGGAUCAACUUGCCACCAUCAUCAGACGUUUUGUCAGAGACAGAAAGUAUGAGAAGGCCUAUCAUGAUUUGACUUUUGGUGAUUGGGCAAAGGCGUACUUCGUUACAAAGUCAAAGUCACAGAUAAAAGCUUUCAAGGAGCAUGCGUUCCGGUAUCUCCAGAUGCUGGACAAGGAAGCUGGGUUCAAGAUCAAGGCGUGCCAUCGCUACUCUUUGGAAGACAAUGUUGGUGGGAAAAUUUGUGCAACGAGAAAGUGGCACAAGAACGAUAAAAUCUCCAAACUAGUUGGAUGUAUCGCAGAAAUGACCGCAGAGGAGGAAGAUAAUUUUCUGCGAGCAGGCAUCAAUGACUUCAGUGUCAUGUAUUCUUGUCGCAAGAACUGUGCACAGCUUUGGCUGGGUCCAGCUGCAUUCAUUAAUCAUGACUGUCGGCCAAACUGCAAGUUUGUCUCAACAGGACGUGAUACUGCCUGUGUGAAGGUGUUGAGGGACAUCGAGCCUGGGGAGGAGAUCAACUGCUACUAUGGUGAUGACUUCUUCGGCGACAAUAACUCAUUGUGUGAAUGUAUCACAUGUGAAAGGCGACAGACGGGUGCGUUUUCAAAGAAAAGUCCCGAGAAAGAAUCUGAUCAGAAUGGUUAUCGUUUACGAGAGACGGAUGAUCGCUUGCAUCGUCUGAGGAGGAAACAGGAGGCACGGGAUGGUCCGAGGAGUCCACGUAGUAGAUCGCCGGAUGAAGACGUGGAUUCAGAUGAGCCUUCGUCACCAAAGAAACAUAGUUACAGCACCAGACGGCAUGUCCCAACAGCCAAUUGGGACCGACGGUCGGAUAAUUUGAAGCGCCAAGCCCAUCUCCUAACAUCAGCUGAGUUGAAACGUCGAGGUAUUACCAAGUAUGAUGCUGAACUAUUGAUAUCCCAGGGAAUUUCCUUGCCUGAGCCAAAAGUUCUGUUUGAGAGGAAAUCUCACAAUCGUCUUGGCCCUUCAAAAGUAAAGCUUAUCAAUAAUGGAUCAUAUCAGGAUAGCCACGAUGGCCCUUCUUUUUACGGGAAUGGCAAUUUCUUGGCUAAUUUAACUAAAUCUAGUCCUGUUUCACCUUGCCAUGAACUAUGCCCAACACAGUUAGUGGAGGAGCAAGAACAUACUGUGUCUCCGCGCCGGAGCAGCCGUAGCUUAACUGUGAUCAACCGACUAAGUUUGAUCGGGACUCCAAACACUGUGAAAAAACGAUCAAAUGCGAACAAUAAACGUGAAGCAAUAAGUACGUUGAGUGAUGAUAGUCUGAAGAAUAUCAAUGUCCUGGAUAUCGUAAAGAAAGAUCUGUAUGUCGAAUUGACAAAAGUGCCUGAUAAUAUGAUUGAUUCCUGUGGGCAGCUUAGUCCUGGCGGGCGGUUGCAGCUGUGUCAGAAUUGUCACAAAGAAAACUGUUGCCGCCAUGAGUCUGGCAAUGCCUUCUUUGGAGACUUCUUGCCAGAUCCUGAGGUGUCCCCGAGACAUUCAGUGCAGCAGAUGGCGCAGUCACAUAAUCUUGCUGAUGAGAAAACAUUUUGUCAUCGGGCGAAACACACAUCCUGUGAUAGUUUAUAUUUAAACGGUGAUCACCAAAGGUUUGUUCAUGUCCCUCAGGAAUCUAAAACAGAACAGAUAGGUUUUGAUGAGGUUGACUUUCUUAGAAAAAGUCCACACAACAGUUGUGGAGUUAGUUUGUACAGGAAGCGUAUGGAGAUAGCGGCUGGACGGACGUCAAAAUACGUUCGGCGGUCAUUCUCCCGUGAUGAGGUGGAGUUCAGCAGUAUACCGUUGGUGGACGGGAAUAGUUCAGAUCCAUAUAGCUUUACAGAUGACUUGGAUGUAGAAGAUAUCAAAGUUAAAGUGGGGUUGACCACACGGCUCUGUCCGGAGAGGACUUCCAGUCUACCACAUGAUGGCAUGGAUAAGUCAUGCCAGAAGAAAGGGCAUAAUUCGAGAACUCACCGCAGUCCCAUCUCGGGGACGAGGGGGACAAGGGAGGUGUGCAACAGAAGUGUGUCGCCCCGCGGUGUCGAAAGUUCAUCAUUGAAUCGGUAUGGAGGUGCGUCUCCGAGCCAAUUUGAUUGUUCAUCAAAAUGUGGUGAAAGUGGGAGUACAUCACCCACCAGGGCUGAAAGCUAUCCCCAUUAUUAUCCUCCUCAGAAUGACGAUAUUGAGUAUGAUUCAAAACUGGUCCAUAAUGGGGAUAACCUCCCUAAAAUAACUAUCAGGCUUCGUCGGAAUCCCAACUCAGGCACAGAGUUAUCACCUGUGAAAACGAAAAGCAAAUCUCAGGAAAAAUCGCCAAAAAGACAACGAAAAUUGUUGUGGACAGACAGUAACAAAGUGUCUCGACGUGAGAGAAGAAAAACAAAUGAUUUUCCAUUGCAUGAAAGUCCCAACAGCAAUUUGAAGCGUUUGCGUUUGAAGAUUGGCAGUGACUCCAUGAUUGAUAUCGAUAUUCCUCCUAUGAAAAAGAGGAAAUAGAUUGAUUUAGUGGAUUAUCUUGGGUACGUGUGUGAAAAAAUACAGAAAUUGUCCUGUUAAGUUGGUGGAUCAGAUGGCAGUGUACAAAUAUAAUAUUUGAGAGUUCAUGAUGUGCUGCAGUCAUGGUGUAAUGUAAUAUACCUAUGAUCACAUAUAGUCUGUUGAUAGGGGCUCCAUUUUAGUGAAUGAUAUUCAAGCCAUUUAUAACAGAAAAGCAUUUUUUGGAGAAGUUUGAAAAAUACAUACAUGUCAUCAUACUGCAUGUAAAUGUACAACACCUGCUUUAUCCGCAUAAUUGUAGGUGUCACUUCAUCAGACAAUGAAUGGAAUAAAAGCAUAUAAGAAAAAAUUAGAUAAAAUCAGGCCAAACAUUUAACAGCUCAACUUCCAUGUUUUGUUUUUUGGCUUAGCAUGGUGUUAAAUUAUCCUUUUAUUUAUUUAGUUAUUUAUCCAAGCAGACCAGUGGAGGGAAAAGCUGAACAGCAUGCCAAGUUCUCCACUUCAGGCCCUGUCUUCUGAUGGCUGGUGAGGGUAACUUAAGUGGCCUCAAAAAUUAAAGAAUGUUGUCAAAACCUUUUGACAUGACCAUUUGUUGGAACGCUCUUGAUCAGCUGUGGUCUUUCUGAUGUUAUUAUUUGUGUCAUAAGUUAUUUCACAUUUGUGUAUUAUGUGGCGGAAAGUUUCACUGUAGUAUGUGUCAACAGCCAACAGUGUGUCAACAGUGCCCUAUUAUACAUUAGAUAUAUUUAUCAUUAGGUUCCCGGAAUACUUUCAAGAAAUUCAAGUUCGAGCCUUUUUAUUUGACUAACAAAUUUAUUUUAACACAUGAUCAAUUUGCCUUUGUACAUUCUUGUUUUUAUCUUCUACAUAUACUGAUAAUGAAUUGAACAUAUAUUGUUAUGAUGAAGCAUUUUACUUAACAUGCUAACUGAGUUUGAUUGUUUCUGACGGGAGUACAAAGAGUUAGAUGACCCUUUCUGUAUCACAAAAACAAGGGUAUAGAUGACCAGGUGUUGAAAGAUUUACUGAAAUAGUGAUUUUAGACUUUGUGUUGUUGUGCGUGUACCAUGGUGUGCUGUUACAUGUAUCUCUGUUCUGUCAUCUCAGCCCUGCCAUGCAAAGGCCACGUUGUUGGAUUAAUCCAGUUGUUUAUGUUUAGUGUGACCACCAAGGGUAUGUUUCCUCAAUAACAUUGCUGUUGCACUUGAAAUAAAUGUCUAUUUUUGGAAAUGUUAUUUAAGAGUAUGGUUCAGGUUCUUUAGAAAUGCAGCUAUUCCCAGUCACUUAGUUUCUUCUCUGUCGCUUGAUUUUUAUGGGACGUACCUUAUAUUCAUCCUUAGCUCUUGUUGCAUAUCUACUCACUAUGACCAUGAGAGGUCUCCCGAAAACCCCCUGAAUAGAGCAGCACGUCAAACUUGUGCAUGCAAAAAUUUACGCGAAGCUAAAGAUUCAUUUUGGUAAGUUUCAUCCAUUAAAACAUGCUAGAGAACCAGAACGACACCGUACACGGUUUUGUUAUAACACAACUGUAAAUAUCUCAAUUUGCUGCAACAAAAAUAUAACCAGUAAAUGAUGAUGCCUCAACUCGGAAACCUUUAACAUACAUGUACCUAUUAAGCAUUGCUGAACUGUCUAAAACACUUGAAAUCAUAUCCUGCUUCUCUGCACUUACCAGGAUUUGGAGGUAGGUGUACAUGUACAUGUAGUAGAGGUGGCUUUGCAAUCAAUGUGUCUGGGCCAUGUUCUAUAGACCAGAUAUCCAACAGGGAUUGCAUAGAGGUGAAAGAUUGUUCUCAUGUAACUAUAUCAACCGCACUUGUCACCAGCUGACUUUCAUUUCCUAUUGUAUUCUGCGAAAUCAAAGGUUUUGGACAACGUCGAACUAACUUUGGGUUCAAAGCAUUGUCUACCAUCUUCUUUAACAGAUUAUAUUCUGGGAUACUUCCCAAAAUAAACCUCUUUUGAGAUGGGGUUACUUCGACUUGGUACCAGUUGUGACAUCACAAGUAUAAACGAAUGCUGUGGUGUCUAUUAAGCGAUGCUAUGACAAAAUGAAAUGGCAUUCUUUGCCUGCUGUGUUAAUGUAUUGUAUGUAUAGAAAAAUUCAGUUUGGUGCACGAAAAAUGUAUUCUUCAGCAGAUGCACCAUCUUAAGGUCUCAAGGCUUCAGGCCAGGUGCAUUCCUUCGAAUAAUUUCAUAUUUUACCACCUUGCUGUCAGCAAAUUAUUACACAAUUCUACAAAGAUACCAUUCUUUCUUGGCAUGUCGGUGUGCGUGGAAACAAUUGUUAAUACCCAGUGGUUCCAUACAGUGGUAAAAAGGACUGAAUAUGCUUAUUUUGUAACACAUUUUACGAAUAGGAGAAAAAAAAGCACGUAGUGGAAUUCACUGAUUUUAAUGCAUUGUCACAGGUGAUCCAUCAUUAUAUCACAUGUCAUGUAACGAUAAAAAGGUGUGAAUGAAAUAAUUUGAUGUCGUGUCAUUUCUGAAAAAAAAUGAUUUUGAUUGAUAGAAAUGCAUCAUUUGUUA